CGACGACAACACUCAAUUUCCAAUGGCUGCAGUCUGGACGUACACGAUUCGCCAGUGCGAAGGCGACGAAGCGACAAAGCUCUACUGCUUUCAGCUUACGGUCGGCGACGUCUCGUGGUCCGUCCUCAAGUCACUUCAGGACCUCAAGUACCUCCGCCAAACGCUUGCCACGUUGUACCACAACGAAGUCAUCAACGCCAACGCCGAAGCGUACUGGACGCUGGAGCUUCAGAAGCUUCUCAAGCUGCCCGUGCCCACCGCUGCGUGGAUGCCGUGGGCCCCAAAGAAGAUGGAGCGCGCAAUGUGUGCUCUCCUCUGCUUUUACGAACACGCGAUGGCCGACAGUUCGCCCCCGAGCUUCCUCUUGCACGUUUUGAAAGGGCUCUUGCGCGUCUUCCUCGGCAUGCCGUGCCACCCCGACCGCUACUCGAUCCGCGCCUCGGCUAUGGUGUGCCCCGUGCUGGCGGCCCCCAAGAUCCUCGCCUAACCGCGCAAGGAUACGACUAUAACUUAAAUAUAAAUAAAUGAAGACUCCAA